CUGCUCCUUUUACUUUCUUCCUAGUUCCUGCCUCUUUCUUCCUCUCUUUGGCUAAGCUCUCAAACACAUUCUCAUUCAGAUCAUAGAUUCCACCACUUUUUGGCCCCUGCUACUUCACGUUGAAGCUGUCAACAGAAACAAACCCGGUUGUUUCUCGAGGUUUUAAUGGUUUCUUGAUUGGUAUAAUCAGAUUUUGAGAAAUGGGUUUUGCCUUUUACAUGCAGGAAAUGGAUGCUUGUUAUGAGAAAUCUUCUUGAAUUGUUCAAAAUUUUCUUUCGGGAGUUUCUUUAUCAUGGGUAGAGGUAGAGGAAAAGGGAAGAAGCAAACUGCUAUUGCCACUCGUGAGGAUCCUGGAAGUGGUGAAGAAGAAAAAAUUCCAGCAUACAGGAGAAGAGGAAGGCCUCAAAAACCAUUGAAGGAUGAAAUUGAAGAAGAAGAAGAAGAUGCUGAAAAGAUUGCAGAAGAUGGCGAGGAUGCCAAAGGUAAUAUUUCUAGAAAAGAUGUGAAAAGUCAGGGUAUUAUAGAGAAUAGGCGGAAGAGGAAGAGGUCUGCCCCGGUAAAAGAAAAUACUGAUUCAGUUGGAGUUGAGAGUGGCAUUGGAACAAAGUCAAGCCCUGAUGAUCCAACGAAGUCCGCUGGACUCCGACAAAAUGGAAGUAGGAGAAAAAACAAACCCCGCCGGGCUGCUGAAGCUGGUGUUGAGUGCAAGUGAGCUUCGACUAGCUAUUAUGAUGGUUGUGCACCUUCCUUUCCCUUGGUAGGGAUUGAGGCUUUGUUAACCUACAUAUGGAUUCCCAUAAUUUCUUUGCUAUAAUAUGUUUUUGUAAUAUCGUGAGUUCCAUUUCCUCUGAAUGAAUGAUUUUGAUUGGGAGGUCUUGGAACAGAUUAUACUGCCAGAAUUUUGCAUGGAGCUACCACAUUUAAAAAAUAUUUGCUACUUUUCUGCUA